CUCUCGCCUCGCGGUUCAACUUUGAACUUUGAACUUUGAAGCAAGCGGUGAAGCGGUGAAAGAAGGGAGACAGGGAGGGACUCGGAGUCGGAUCGGACUAUCCUCUACCUGGAUAUCGAAUUAUGGAUGGAGCAGCGAGGGGAAAUUCGAAAUUCGGAGGAGCGUGUUACUGGUGUACACUGUACAGUACAGACUACAGAGAGAGAGAGAUGAAAUGAAGAAGGUGAGAGUCGCAUACACCCUCCUCAGAGUCUUCACAUUCACCCUCUCCAAUAUAAUAUAAAACUAAUAAAAUAAAUAAAGGGAUUGAUUCGCGUAUGGGACAGAGGACGGCUAAUUGAAAGCUUUGAUAUGUUUUUGACCAUUGAUUGAUCCAUGCAUCGUUGUCCAAAUGCCCUUAUUUUUAUUUGUAAUUAAUCACACAACACCCAUCUAGUCCUUUUUUUUUGCCCAGUUAGUGAAGAGUCUUGAUCUAAGACAAAUGGCAAGAUUUUCUUUUUUUUUUUUAUAUUUUUGAUUGAUGGGUAAAACAAAUGGCAAGUUAUGAGGUCCAGAUCGGUUACGAGUUUACGACAAACCUAAGCGAGUUUUUCUUUCUUUUUUGUCUAAAAUAAACAAAUAAUUUUCUUUCUGUAUAUAAUAGCGUGGUAGAGAGAGAAAAGGAAAGGAGAGGGGAGUGAAGUGAGUGUUGGAUUUGGGCAGUGGGGUAUGCUGUAUUGAACGGAAAAACUUCUAAAGAUCAUCUGCGGCGACGGCGAGGGAGAGCGGAGGGAUCGGAGGAGGUGAAUAGAGGCGUCGGAGAUAGAGACAUAGAGAUUGGAGGAGGAGGAGGGGGGGCGGAGGGGAGGGAGGCGGUGGCGAAGAAUGAGACUCUGGGCUAGGUCAGGGAAACAACAGGAACAAGGUGGAGAUGGGUAAUUGCGGUACUAGAGAGGAAUCAGCUGUUGUUGCUCAUGCUCAAGUGCAGCAAGUACCUUUGCCUGCUAAGAACAUUACUUCUGAGAAGAGGCAUAAUCGUUCCUUCUCAGACUUGAGUGAUUCUUCUACCCCACGAAACAUUGAGGACUUAAGAAAGAAUGCCAUGUUAUAUACCCAUGUGAUUGCCUUCACAUUAUUUGAACUUGAGACCAUCACGAAGAGUUUCCGUUCAGAUUACAUCCUUGGUGAAGGUGGGUUUGGGACUGUGUACAAAGGAUACAUAGAUGAGAAUGUGAGAGUUGGCCUCAAAUCUCUCCCAGUUGCUGUGAAGGUGCUUAACAAGGAUGGCCAUCAAGGCCAUCGAGAAUGGCUUACAGAGGUUAAUUUUCUAGGGCAGCUUAGACAUCCAAAUCUGGUCAAGCUGAUCGGGUACUGUUGUGAGGAUGAUCAUAGAUUGCUUGUAUAUGAGUUCAUGUUCAGGGGCAGCCUUGAGAACCACCUGUUUCGAAAGGCAGCUGUUCCAUUAUCUUGGGCAACAAGAAUGAUGAUCGCAUUUGGAGCUGCCAAAGGGCUUGCUUUCCUUCACAAUGCAGAAAGGCCUGUUAUCUACCGGGACUUCAAGACCUCAAAUAUACUAUUGGACUCUGAUUACACAGCCAAGCUUUCUGAUUUUGGGCUUGCAAAAGCCGGGCCACAAGGUGACGAAACCCAUGUAUCAACUCGUGUGAUGGGUACCUAUGGUUAUGCUGCACCCGAAUAUGUAAUGACUGGUCACCUGACUGCAAGGAGUGAUGUUUACAGCUUUGGGGUUGUCCUUCUUGAGCUAUUGACAGGAAGGCGGUCUGUGGACAAGACACGUCCUAGCAAGGAACAGAGCUUAGUAGACUGGGCCCGUCCCAAACUAAAUGACAAGAGAAAAUUGCUGCAGAUUAUCGAUCCUAGAUUGGAGAAUCAGUACUCGGUAAGGGCUGCGCAGAAAGCUUGCAGCUUGGCAUACUAUUGCCUGAGCCAGAAUCCUAAAGCAAGGCCUCUCAUGAGCGACGUCGUUGAGACGUUGGAGCCACUGCAAAGCAGUGAUUUAAGUGAAUUCUCAACUCAGGGUCUGGCAAGCAUGGGUCUCCAAGACCACCAGAUCCACCGUAGGUUUGCUGGUAAUGUGGUAGCUUGUAGGUCCCCCAACCCUAAUUAUUCUCCAGGUGGCCCUGCAGCAUGCAGGGUUAGAUGAGUAAUGAGUAGAUUCUGAUUUCUGAGAACCUUAUAUUCGUAUAUGUUAAGUGUGCUUGUUGUCCCUUACAACAAGGUAUUGAGAUGUGUAUUUAGGCAUGACUAUGUUCUUGAUACUGCAUUUUGAUGUUUCAUACUUUAUGUACAUGUUGACUACAAAUCUAUUAUUAACUCAUUGUCUAGA